AUGGACGGUGUUUGCUUGCGAAAUUAUAAAGAUUGUGUUUAUAGAACAAAAUGAAUCAAACUCUAAAUGUGGACCAGCUGAAUUCGGCACUUAAUUCGCUUCGAACGUUACGCUCAAGCGUCAGCCAUGUUUUCGAAACGCUAUCAAAUGGCUUGCGAGCCGACCACGGCGAAGAUGGUAAAGAUAAAUUCCUUUUGGAGCUGCAAGAACUUCUGAACAAUGUAAAUAUUAACUUGAGGGAUUUAGAUCAGACUGUAAACGGCCUCCCGGUGCCUACAACACUCACAUUAAAUUUGGGGAACACGACGUACCUCAGCCAAGAAACUACACAAGAACGUCAAGCGUACUACACGCAGUUAGUCAACAGCUACAAAUGGACUGACAAAGUGCACGAGUACAGUUCCUUCGCCCACACAUUGUUAAGCCAGAACUCUCUAAAACGCUCGUACAUAAACUCCGGCAACACCAAGAGACGCGGCAAACUACAAAGCAACCAUAACGUAGCGCCAGUCCAGGUCGAUCAAGUCAUCAAUAACAUCGAUAGAUCCUACAGUGACAUGAAAAUAACUAUCUCCCGCCCGUUCGCGAGCAACGCCGUUGUCCAAAUCAAUUUGAGUCAUGUUUUAAAAGCUGUUGUUGCCUUUAAAGGGCUGCUCAUGGAAUGGGUGAUGGUAAAAGGGUACGGUGAAACACUAGAUUUGUGGACGGAGUCCCGACACCAUGUCUUUAGGAAGGUAACAGAGAAUGCUCAUGCAGCUAUGCUUCAUUUUUACUCUCCAACACUGCCGGACUUAGCGGUGCGCUCAUUCAUGACAUGGCUGCAUAGUUAUGUGAACCUGUUCAGUGAACCUUGUAAGAGAUGCUCAUGCCACCUGCACCACACCUCGUUGCUGCCGCCGGCGUGGCGCGACUUCCGCACGCUGGAACCGUUCCACGAUGAAUGCAAACAAUAGUCUUUGUGGUAUUGAACGAGAGAGUUGGGAAAAGACUUAUGUUGUGUGAACUCUCGUUCAAUAUAAGAAUAUGUAAAGUGUAAUGAGGGGACUGUGUAACUACCAGCAGGAUUGUGAUUAUACUGUUCCAGUUCAUAA